GUGCUCCCGAGCUGUGCGGUCCCGCACCCUCCCCUCUCCCACUCCCAUCCCCAUUCCCAUCCCAUUCCCAUCCCGAUCCCAUUCCCAUCCCCUCCGCCAUGUCCGGCUCGGGCCUGGCUGCGGGCUGGGUGCCCACCCAUGUGCAGGUGACGGUGCUGCGGGCCCGGGGGCUGCGGCCCAAGGCGGCGGCCGUCGGGGGCAGCGACGCGUACGCGGUGAUGGCGCUGGGCAGGGACAAGUUCUCCACGUCGGUGGCCGAGCGGUGCCAGGGGCAGCCGGUAUGGAGGGAGGAGGCCACGUUCGAGCUGCCCCCCCGGUCCGCAGCGCUGCGGCUCACGGUGCUGCACCGAGCCCUGGUCGGCAUCGAUAAGUUCCUGGGGCGAGCAGAGGUUGACCUGGCCGCGCUGAGGAGCGAGGGCGGCCGGAGGCACACACGGUGGUACAAGCUUCGCUCCAAGCCAGGCAAGAAGGAGAAGGAGAGAGGGGAGAUCGAAGUGGAUAUCCAGUUCAUGAGGAGCAACAUGACAGCCAGCAUGUUCGAUCUGUCCAUGAAGGACAAGCCUCGCUCCCCCUUUGGCAAGCUCAAAGACAAGCUCAAGGGCAAGAGAAGCAGUGGCCUCUCUGAUACGGCUUCAUCCAUCAUUCCCAGCACAUCUCACUCCCCUGUUGACAGUGAGGAUGAGGCAGUGGAGAAGGAAAAGAAGAAAUCCAAGUUUAAAGCCCUCUUUUCCAAGCCUGGCCUGCAGAAGACCUCCCUUUCCCAGUCCAUGUCAGUGCUACCAACACAGCAGCCCCUCACCCAGAGGGUUCUGCUUCGACCCAGUGACUUCCAGGCACAAUGGGAGGAUGAGGAGUCAGAGACCUCCCCGGCCUCAGAAAAGUCCUUUGGAAAUGCCCUGGAAGAGAAGUCCUCUCCUUCUCCUCUGUUUAAGUCUCGUAAAACAGCGAUUCUGGACAGCAGGCAAGUAGCCCAAGUAACCACGACCCACCCCAAGAAAGAAGGGCUCUCUUUGUUCAGUGGCCUUAAAUCCAAGAGCGAUCCCGUUUCCAAGUCCAGUCUGUGUAUCAAUGGCAGUCACGUUUAUAUGGAAGAGAGCAGCAGGAAGGACAACACUCCAGCCUCUUCCCCUUCCCCUCGCAACUUCAGGAGGAAGCAGCUCUUUGCUUCAGAAGAGAACCUGUCUUCCAGAGCUGUUAAAGGACCUGAAGAGAUGGGAAGAACAUCUCCGAUGGGAAGUACAUCUCCCAGUCAUGCUUUCUCCGGGUCAGCAUCCUUGGAGACCUUUAAGUCGAUGACUUUGCCAUCAUACAAACUGCUGAGCAGUGAGGAAUACCUGGAAACCGACGUUCCCCCGAGUGUCGAGGUUGGGAAAGAGAGCAGGAAACCAGAGCACAAGAAGUCUGCCUUGCUCUCUCUGGUCGCUGGGAAGAAAGAAGCAGGGAAGGGUUGGGAUGCUGAGGGUAUUCCUGACAGGAGCCUGCAGGAUGAGGCAAACAGCAUUCCCGAAGAGGAGAGUGAACAAGAGGCCAGAUGUGUUGAGCCUCCUGCAGAUGCAGGCAGAGGGGAUGCUGCAGGAGCCGGUCACCACAUGGAGGACAUCCAUACAAGCAAGCAGCCUCUCAACCCUUUUGAGGAAGAACGGGCACCUGAGAAAGCUGCUGCCCCAUCCAAGACCAAAGCUGUGAAGCCCAGGGUGCCUUCAGAGGAGGAAACCAAAGCCACGCUUCCGACUCUUGCACCUCCUUCCCUGCCUGCUUUCCUCUCUGUCCACCCUAGCAGGAGUGCCAAUAACCCUUUUGUUUCCAUAAAGGGACCGAAAGGCCAAGUGCCAGACUCUGAGGGCAUCACUGCUUCUCCUGCGUCUUUUACUGCUCCUCCUUCUGCUGCAGAGCUUCUGAAUGGCAAGAACCCCUUUACUCCCGAGUGGGGCAGAGCAUCCCCAGCCCUGGAUGCUGAAGGCAUCCGUUUCCCUUCAUCCCAUCAUCUUCCAACCUCUGUUCCAACACCUCCUCCUAGGCAGGUCUCUGGUAGGGGUAAUAACCCUUUUGCUUCUGAGUGGGCGCAGAGCUCUUGGGGUCAGGGUGCUGAGGGCUCUGGUGUGUGUCCUUCUCACCCACCUGCAUCUUCUCUCCCUUCUGCUUGUCAUUUCAAUGGCAGUAAUCCCUUCGUGUCCCAGCUUGGGUGGGAAGCAGAUGCACCAAGUUCGGAAGCUGUCGCUUGUUCUUCCCCUCUGUGCCUUCGUUGCAAUGAAGGCUGCUCCUCAGCACAGCACCCUGCUGAGCUGAAGCCCUCUGCUCUCCGUGCUGCAGGAUGCUCUUCAGCUGAGGCUUUACCUGCUGCUGUCAAAGCUGGAUCCAACCCUCUCAGCACUGUUAAGCCUGCUCUGGCUCCAGCAGAGCACUGCAGUCCUCCCCAGCUUCAAGCUCCCAUCCCAAACAGGGAGACCACAGAGACUGGUGCUGAGCAGGCACCUUCCCCCAUGAGGGAGCUGAAGGAGAAGCAGGAGACCUUGGGUGAGAAGAGAUGGGAAUUGCCCCAAAUGACUCCACUUGAUCAAACUGGUUCAUUUCCUCAAGCAGGACCAACCAAACCAUCCUCAGGAGCUUGUCCCCCAUCCCCUCAUGCUGGCAGAGAGGUGCUGGUCACACCAAAGCCAGCACCACGGCUGUCCUUAGGGCUGAAGGCUGCUCAUGAUGGGGAUGUGCCUCCUUUGGGUGAUGGUGCCAAAUCUGUGCUGGGGCUCCCACUCCCUAAUGAUGAAGGCUCAGAUGCCCAUGGGUGCCUCCCCCGAAGUGGUUCAUUAGAGCCUGUCACUCCCCCAGGGACACCCAGGGCUGAAAGCAGGAAUAGGCAUUUAUAUAAUGAAGCUGACCAUGAUGUAUUUGACUCUCUUGCUAAUCUCAAGUGUGUUAUUCCGGUUCCUGGAGACCGUGGCUUGAAACUGGCCAGUCUCCCAGUUAUCCCAGAGGGAGGCUCCGAUGAGGAGCUGCUGGGUGACUCUCAGGAGGACCUGGGUCUUGCUGCAGGGGGUAAAAACGUUUCAGAGAGAGGAAAGCAGUGCCUGUAUUUAAUGUCUCUGCAUGAGGAAUGGAUAGAGCACUCUGAUAGUGAUGCUGAUGCUUGUGAGCCGAGCACCGCAGCCAUGCUGCCUGCACGGGUGGCUGUGCAUAGUGCUUCGGGCUUAGGGGGGACAUCUCAUUCCAGGGAGGAUAACGCUCCAUUGGAGAAACAGGAGCUGAAGAUCAGUGCGGGUGCUGCGGGGGGUGACUUCUCUGAGCCUUCUCUUUCCUCUUCCUCCCUGUCCGGUGCUUCCCAGCCUUCCUCUUCCUCUCAUUCCCUUCUCUCUGACAUCCCAAAUCCUAGAGCAGAGUCUCCGAUAAAGCCACCAGCCGAGGGCUCCGCAGCUAAAGCAGGAAUGUGUGGCAAGAAGAAGCUUCUUCAGGCCUGGGUUUCCCCCUCUGAGCCAUCCCCUUACCAAACCCAGCAGGGUGGUGAAACCGGGUCUCCUAAGCACAGACUCCAUCCUGUGAAGCCAAUGAAUGCCACAGCAAACAAGUUCCAAAGUAAAGCCCUGAAUGUCAUCAGCACUAUGAAUGAGAAGCUGCUGGAGAGCAAUGUGAAGCAAUACCACCCUUCAGAUCCUGCCUAUGCUUAUGCCCAGCUAACACACGAUGAGCUGAUCCAGCUCGUCCUGAAGCAGAAGGAUGCGAUCACCAGGAAGGAUCUCCAGGUGCGUGAGCUCGAAGACUACAUCGACAACUUGCUCGUCAGGGUCAUGGAAGAAACCCCCAACAUCCUUCGUGUGGCAACAUCCGGAACCAAAAAGGCUGGAAAGAUGUGAAAGCUCCUGGGAUACGGGCUGAACAAAGGGCUGGAUUCCCACCCGUGUUGUUGCAUGGACAAGGAGCUGAUGUGGUGGAACAAGUGGUACUGGUUGUGCUGCCACAGAAAAUGACCUCUUUCCUCUUUCUGCCUUAAGCAACCCUCGGUUUGAUUUGUAGUCCAUCAGGUAUCUGCAGCCCAGCAGUGGAGUCACUUUAUCCUAUUUAUUAUUUGCUUGCUUUCCAUUAUUUGGGAAGGUUUGUUCAGGCAUCUCAUCCGAAGUGAAGGAGUUGGAGGGGCUUUGCCUGCCAGCAAGGCACUGAUGGUCCUUUGGGAAGGGUUGGGUUUUAAUGGUUUCAUUUGGUAGCAGCUUUCAUAGAUGAAUUCCUCUUCUUUCUGCAUCUUAACUUGUAGUGCAACCUAAAACCUUGUAGAGCGUGAAGAUUGGAUUGAUUUAAACCAAGUUAUCCCUACACUGACCAAGUCCAAAGAUGUUGUGCUGUGUUGGAAAAGUAAUCAAUGCAAGUUAAAGCUUAGAUUGGAAAGGAAGAAGCAUCUCAUCGAGUACAUGUUGCUUCAGAGC